AUGACACCCUCUCCAAGUGAAGGGCAAGCUCUUGUCUCUAAUUCAGGUCCAAGCUAUGGAAGUGUCAACUUCAGCAUCAAAGAUCAAGGUGUCCAUGAUGAGCAGCACUCAGAAGGUGGUGUAAGAGAGGGCAGUUCUCUCCAGAACUGGAAUGAUAACGAAAAUGCCGAAAAUCCUCGCAACUGGUCGCGUUUGUGGAAAUAUAGCAUCAUUGCGCUGGUGAGCUUUAUUGAGCUUUUCACGCACUUGACGUCCAUGUUGUAUGCUCCGGGUAUACCUGCUAUGCAGAGAGAUUUCAACAGCCACAACGACACACUUGCAACCUUCACUAUGACAAUUUACGUGCUUGGCUUCGCCGUUGGUCCCCUAGUGUUCGCUCCACUUUCGGAGGUCUAUGGUCGUGUUGUGAUCUACCGAUCCUGCCUGGCCUUGUUCAUAUGCUUUACCGUGGUCUGUGCGCUAUCUUCAAGCAUCGGCAUGCUAGUGGCCUUCCGCUUCAUUGCAGGAUGUUUCGGUGCCGCCCCUGUCGCCAUAGGCGGUGCGAUGGUGUACGAUCUGUUCGAAGUCAAGGAGAGGGGCCUAGCCAUGGCCAUCUACCACUCAGGUCCUAUAUUCGGAAAUCUUCUUGGACCACCCUUGGGUGGAUUCAUCAUUCAGCACCAAAGUUGGCGAUGGGUUUUUUGGAUUAUCACAAUAUUUGCUGGCUUUGCUUUGCUAUCCUCCUUCUUCAUUCUAAGAGAGACUCAUGCACCGACCAUUUUAUGCCGACGAAAAGCCGAUGGCGGACCUCGUGACUUUACUCCAAAUCAUACAAAUCCAGACCUUGUUUUUCGGGCGAUCAAGAGACCGUUGAAGCUUCUGCUUUUCUCUCCGGUCAUCCUUGCUUGUUCACUUAUCAUAUCUAUUGUGGCAGGAACAAUGAACUUGAUCUUCGCUUCCCUGGGGCGUAUAUUUCAGGACGAGUACGGGUUUUCUACGAGCGCCUCCGGUCUCAUGUAUCUAGGAGUCACGACUGGAUUUUUGUUUGCGGCGUUCGUUUUCGGCAGGACGAGUGAUCGUAUCUCUCAGUUCUUGAUGAAGCGGAAUGACGGAAAACGGCAAGCUGAAUAUCGACUGCCUGCUAUGAUGGUUGGAUUGCCGCUGGUGGUCAUCGGUUUAUUCUGGUAUGGCUGGAGCGCACGGUACCAUGCAUUCUGGCUUGCUCCCAUGCUGGGUCUAUACUUCUUUGGUAUGGGCGUCACGACCAUUCAGCUCUCGUUGCAGACAUAUCUGGUCGACUCUUUCACCGAGUUCUCAGCCUCCGCUCUGGCGGCAACAACCAUGACAAGGUGUAUUGGAGGAUCUCUCCUUCCGCUCCUUGGCCCAGUCCUUUACCAGAUACUAGGUCUCGGUUGGGGAAACAACACUACACUCCCGGCGGACCUUCCCGUCCCCAAGGACGACGGUGCAUAUGACCAUCUCAGCGACCUUGCUAUCCCUACCAGCCUCAGCCUUCCCAUUGCACGCGAUCCAACGCAAAGGGUUAAUCUCGCCGGCUUGAAAGGCUUGACCGUUGUAUUUUGCUAUCCCAGGACAGGCGCACCCAACGAGACCGUUCCCGACUCGUGGAAUUCCAUCCCAGGCGCGAGAGGAUGCACGCCGCAAGCCUGCUCUUUCCGGGACAGUCUGCCUGAACUGCGUGCGCUAGGGGUUUCCCACAUUUAUGGCAUCUCCACCCAAUCGCCCGCCUACCAAGCGGAGGUGCAUGAGCGGCUGCAUCUUCCUUAUGAUCUUUUGAGUGACGAGGAAUUGGAAUUCCAGAGAGGCUUGGAUCUGCCGACAUUCGACUGGGAAGGGCAGAAGGUCCUCAGACGCUCGAUGAUUGCGUUGCAGGAUGGCAAGGUGGUUAAAUGGUGGUAUCCUGUGUUUCCACCCGAUCGGGGCGUGGAUGAUCUGAUUGAGUGGUUGAAAGGACGAUAG